CGACCACUUACAUCCCUCAACACCUGCCACGCGCUUCUUCCCCUGCCCCUGAUCAUGGCACGGCGAAGCUUGCGCCUUGUGGCCUUUCUGAUAGUCUUAUGGAGGCCGCAGACAUUUGCAACUCUGCGCAGCGCAAAGAACGCUGCCCUGCCUCGACGCCAUCUUUUGGGCGCCAUCAUCUUGAGUCCUGCUGUGGGCGUGCCUGCCAACGCCGCUCCAACGCCGCUGCCAGUGGCAGGAUCACCCAAGCCAAUGCCGCCGAUUGGCUAUGGCACUUGCUGCCGUCCUGGUGCCAAGGGGGAAGAGUUGGUGGAAGGUGUCAAAGCCUAUCUUGCCGCUGGGGGUAGGCUGAUUGACACGGACGGCACAGAUUUAUGGCAAUCACGAGGAUAUUGCUGAGGCGAUUCGCCAGAGUGGUGUGAAGCGUGAGGAGCUGUGGAUUACCUCCAAAGUACGAGUGCAGAGCUGCAACACUCCAGAGGAUGUUUUGAAGGCUGUGGACACAACCUUGCGACAGCUGGACACCAAGUAUGUGGACUUGAUGCUUCUGCACGGGGGCGAUGGCUGGGGCAUCCUUCCUGACCGCGACGAAGCGCUCUGGCGGGGCCUCAUUGCCGCGCAGAAGGCGGGACAAGCUCGAAGCAUUGGCCUGUCCAACCACAACCGGGAGGAAGUGGAGCAGCUCAUCGCCAAGACAAAAGUGGUGCCCGCCGUGAAUCAGCUGGAGUAUCACCCUUGGGUGCCGAGUGAAACCAAAGACCUGGUGAGAUGGUGCCAGAGCCAGGGCAUUGUAGUCACUGCCUAUGGAUCUUUAGGUGGUUCCACCAACCAAGCACGGGGAGAGGUUGUAUCGAAGGUCGCGGCGAAGUAUGGCCGGACCAACGCACAGGUCUUGUUGCGCUGGGCACUGGAUCAGGGCAUCGCCGUGAUCCCCGGAACCAACUCCGAGCAGCACAUUCGAGAGGACUUGGAUCUGGAUUUCCACCUGGAUCCCAAAGAUGCGCAACUUCUAGAAGCCAGCGAUGCCCCAGCGAGUUUUACACGGUGGAGGAAUUGCAGAACUGGCUGUGCUUGAUAUUCGCAGACGGUGAAAAGGGUUC